ACUUCCCCUCACUGCCAGCAAAGACUUACACAAAUCUCUCCCUCUCUAUAUAUACAGUACUUAUAUAUAUUUUAUAUAAUAGGCUCACGCCGUCAUAAUUUUCCGGCGAGAUUUUUUCGGCGAUUUUUUCGGAGAUAUUUUCGGAGACAUGGGGGAGGAGAAGGAUCUGGGUAUUAAGCUGUUUGGGAAAAAGAUUGUGUUGACGGAGGCUGAGAAAGUUCCGGCCGGCUCCGGCCAAGAUUCCGGCGGGGUUCGGUCAGGGGAGGGUAAAGGUGGGAGCUUGGGAGGGGAAGAUGGAUCAGAUGGGGAAAAGGCUCUCGUUGAAGAAAAAGGUGAGGAAAAAUCACAAGACAAAGAAGCAUCGCCAAUCACAAAUGAGUCAAAAGGAUCGACAGGGGGAGGUGACAGCCCUAAAACCCCCUCAAUAAAUGAAGAAAAUGCAACAUUAAAACCUCCAAAUACAGAUAAUGAGCAGAGUGAUGCAACUGACACUCAAGAGAAGACGUUGAAGAAGCCAGACAAGAUUCUUCCUUGUCCUCGAUGUAACAGCAUGGACACAAAGUUUUGUUAUUACAACAAUUACAAUGUUAGCCAACCCCGACACUUUUGUAAGAGCUGCCAGAGAUACUGGACUGCUGGAGGAACAAUGAGGAACAUGCCUGUCGGUGCUGGUCGUCGCAAGAACAAGAGUUCUGAUUCACACUGUCGUCAUAUGACUGUAUCUGUAGCACUCCGUGCAGCUGGAAUUGAUCCUUCAAAUGGAAUACACAAUGGUGCAAUAAAAAAUAAUGAAACGGUCCUCUCAUUUGGUGCAGACUCAUCCCUCGGUGAAUCCAUGUCUUCUGUUUUUAUUGCCGAGAAGAAGGUUCCAAACAGUAUACAAAAUGGGCUUCAGAAACCAGGAGUUGCAAUCCCUUGUAAAGGAGGAGAACAUGUUGAUGAUUGCUCCAGUAGAUCUUCCAACAAAAAAUUGAACUCAAACAUGGAACGGAAGAAAGAUGGAACUGCAGAGCCGGAGGUACAUGGUAUCCAAGGUUUCCCCACUCAAGUUCCAUUUCAUCCGACGCUACCUUGGCCUUGUCCCUGGAACUCUACAGUUCCCAUGCAAGCCAUAUACCCUCCUGGAGUUCCAUUUCCAUACUAUCCAACACCUUACUGGAAUUAUAAUGUCCCAGCUUCUUGGAGUAUCCCUUGGUUGCAGCCUCCACCUCAGGUAGCACACCAAGAUGCUUCAAUUUAUGAUUCAAAAUCACAAGUAUUAGGAAAGCAUUCUAGGGAAGGUGAUUUGCUCAGACCAAUCAAUGUUGAAGACAGUGAACACUGCAAACAGAAUGAUUCUGAAAGAUCUGUUUUAGUUCCAAAAAGUUUGAGGAUUGAUGACCUUGAUGAAACAGCAAAGGGUUCAAUAUUUGCUAGUCUUGGAAUAAAGAAUGACUCUAUUAGCAAAGCCUUUCAACCAAAGAAAGAUGAAAAGAAUAACGUACUUAAACCAUCGCCAAUUUUAAAUGCUAACCCUGCAGCUAUGUCAAGGUCCCUCAGAUUCCAAGAGAGGGUCUAAUCUUGCAUGUUUAAACAAUGUUGUCAUCAGUAUACACAUAUGUCUGUAUCAGUCCGGUGGAUUUGUUCAGAGAUAAUUACGUCCAUCAAUGAAGAUAAACGCUGAUAUCAAGGCCCAGCACACAAAAAUCUACUGCAGAAGAUUUUUUUUAAAUUUAUGCUGUGGAGCGUAGCAAGUGGUUCCUGCAGGUUGCGGAGGAAAUCAGCUCAUGUUUCCUGUUUAAUACAAAAAAUAACCUUCUCUACUUUGGUGAGUAUUCUACUUUUUUAGUUUUUGAUGUACAUAUCUCAGAAGACUAUGUCUAAACUAAACUUUGUGUGCGCGUGUCAAAACUUACUGACACUAGGAGUAACAAGAGCUACAAAUUUUUUAAGCUCCAUGUUCCAGAUGUUCAAUGAUGUAAAAUUCAGUUUCCUUGAUGAAAUGAUCAAUAAUGAAUAUCUGUGUUAUAGUA